GGGAAGAUGUGGUAAGCCAAGUCGUCCGUCGGUUCCCGCCUAGAAAGCACCAAACACACUCUCUACUCUCACCCUAAAAUAAUAGAAAUAACCAUGUUCAAGAUUGCCAUCUGUUUAUUGGCCCUGGCCAGUGGAUCUCUGGCCGCCAGUAUUGGCCAGGUUGACACCACCACCGAGAAACGAGAAAUUAUUCCUGUGCUGAAAUUCGAAACGGACAAGCAGCCCGACGGCUCCUUCCACUUCAGUUACGAGGGCGGUGAUCAGUCCGUUCGCCAGGAGCAGGGCAGGAUCGAAAAUGCCGGCACCGAUGAUGAAACCUUGGAAGUCUCCGGAAUGUAUAGCUACGUUGAUGCCGAUGGCAAUACUGUAGAGGUUCACUACACCGCCGGAAAGAAUGGAUUUGUGCCCAUUGGUACCAUCAUUCCCAAAGAAAUCACCGAACUGGCCAAGUCUGCUGCUGAUCUUCCAAAGAUCUCCGAGGAUGAGGAGCGCAAGUAUCGCCGAGCCCGCUCUCAGGAACUGGAGAAGAAGUCAGCUCCUGUGGAGAAGGUUGCCGCUCCGGUUGAGAAGGAAGAGACUGUCGAGGCCAAGGAAUCGGUUGUGGUAGAGAAAUCCGAGCCUUUGCCCGCCGAAUCCCAGGUGGUGCCCGUUCAGGUCGUUCUCGAUGCUCAGCCCGAAGCGGAGAUCAAGGCAGCCGUUGAGGCUGAGGUUGAGAAGAAGGUGGAGACUGCCAAGACUGCCUAAGCUUUCCUAGACUCUAGACUACCUAAGUAUUGUUUAAUUUAAAACCAAGUACGAUCUAAUUUAACUGGCUAGCAAUAAAGAGAUUCCAUAUCUGAAA